AUGAGGAUUAUCUGGGCAUUCGAGAAGGACCGAGUCGUCAUCCUAAUCGCACUCAUUGUUCAGUUUGGAGGAGCCGUGGUUCUCAUGGCGGUCAACAUAUUCUUUUCGCAGAGAAUUCUGCGGUCAAUCCAUCCCAAUUUCGGUUGGCACCCGGCAGUCAGGGUCUUCUUCCUUUUUUUCCUAUUCUCAAUCCCGGCCGUCGUGCUCCUGAACAGUACCUCAAUCGGUGUCUCGUUCUACAAGAUUGAGGACCAGGAACGCGUCGAUACGGCUCUCAACCUUCUCAAGGCCGGCAUAUCCUGGAUCAUGCUCCUCGCCAUCUUACCCAUCGUCGUGGUUCUAUUAGCAUCCAGCAUCCCUGGUCCUAGGCCCGAGAGGUUCGGCCAAGGCGACACCCAUCAAAAGAUUGCCGUGCUACUGAUCGGCGCCUCUUUUUUGAUCGCUGGACAAGCCGUGCGCCUAGCGGGAACAGUCAUAGGCGAUCCGCCAGGCUCGACGAACGCGAUCUACAGCAAAGAGCUGUUUUAUACCUCUGGUUUCAUGUUGGAAAUAUUCGUUGUGGUCUUUUACGCUGUCGUACGCAUCGACUUGCUGUUCCACGUUCCCAAUGGGUCCAGUCAACCGGGCGAUUACUCGAGGAAGCCGAAGCCGGGCGAAGAAGAAUAUGAGGCGGCGCUCCUUACCAAGGAAGAGAUUGAGGAUGAGCUUGCUGGGCUCGGCCACCCUUACGAAAUUGUCGACUCGUCUGGUCUCGGAAGAGACGGCUCUGGGCGCACCAUUGUCGCAUUCAGCACGAGGCGCAUGAACGGCGGACAGCCUGUUAUACUUCCUCCGCGGCCAGCGCCAUAUAGCCGGACCAUGUCCAUCCGGGGAUCGCUCCUCACAUCAGUGAAGUUCCGGUCGGCCGGCCCGAGAUCAGGCAAAGUCCAUUUGGGAUGCACCCUGUAA